CGUCCCUCCUCUCUACCCUCCCCCUCCCGCCGCCGCCGGUGGCGACUCUCCCCUCGGCCCGUCACCCGUGCUCGCGGGUGACCGUCCUCGGCGCGGCCUCCCUGGAGCCGCCUUCGCCUGACGCCCCUCUUUCUCCCGCCCUCGACGCGCAUCCCGGCCCCCGGCCCCGCGGGCGCCCCUGUCGCCGGGGCUUCGCCUGUCGGGGCUGCGCGCGCUCCUGCCCUUCUCGGGGCUUUGGGCCGCGGCGCCGUCGCGCGCCCGCGGCCCCGGCCUCUCCCUGGAUCGCGCUCUCCCCUCUCCCUCCCUCGCGCGCCCCCUCUCCCGUUACUCGGCCCCCCCCACCGGCGCGCGUGCGCACUUCGCCUCCCGUCGGGAGAGUGCGCCACAAGGGCUCCUGAGCUCUCACCCCCAUCUCUGGGCUUUGCCUCCCCCUCCUUCUCGCCCAUUCCAUGAAUUUCUGCCCCCCGCUACCCCCACGCGAGCGAGUAGGUCCACCGGCUCCUUUCCCCAUCUAGCAGGAACAAGUAGGUGGGGAUUCUUAUCCACAAAAGGGACUAGACGUUGUGUUCUGGGUCCCACAACUCAUCAUAAAGAGGUGGUUAUAGUUCCCAUCAGGAGCCGUGGGUAGGGGACUGUGCGUCCAGCAGCACCCGAGGCUCUUCGGCGCCAGAGGCUCUAAGGUGCGAGCGAACAUGUCCCCAGGGUGCUCAGAGGUUCUUUGGAGUGCUGUGGCCUCGGAAUGUGAGCACCCUCCCAUCCUACCCUCCCCUUCGCCGGCGAUCUUCCAGUUACAUAAGUGGAGUGGGACAUAGUAGGUAACGGGCUCUCAUCGCCCUGGAGCGCUCGGGAUCACCGGUACCAGAUGGGGCAAGUUCAUCGCGACGCUGUGGCUCCUGUUCGUUGUGCCUGAAAGGUUAUUCUCUGUUCAGUUUGGUCAUGACCGAAUCACCCAAACUGAAACUCAGAUGACUUUUAUAUGGCAGUGGCAAUGUUUCUGUGGUUUUGCACUGAAGACUUAAGGUCAUUAUGAAGAGUGUAAAAGGAUUGCUCUCGCAGGGGAGACCGUUUAUGACAUUGCUAAGUACGGACCCCGAGGGGGAAAAAGCUCAUUCUGGAAUUGCUCUGUGGCGGUUGCUUCUGUUGCGAGUGUGUUCGGGUGUGGGUUGGUCACAGCAGAAAUGGGCUCCACCACAAAAUUGAUAUUCCUGACUCAUGGUCAGGCAGAUGUGUGCUUCUGGUUAUUUUUCCAGGAACAGGAAUGGGCUCUGCCGAGCCUUUCACACGUUGUGUCUCUGCUGUGCGGGAUCAGUACCCCAGACUGUGAGAUAACAGGAUCGAAUUCAGGGGUUGGUUGGUGAUCCAGGAACCAUACCUACUUGGAUGUGAUACUGAGUGGCCUAGACGUUGUAGGACUCUCAUAAGUUUUAGACAUUUUGUUAUACUGUAAAAAUGAAGCAUAUACGGCCUCAGUAGUAACAUUGCACUAAUAGGUAAUUAUUACUCUAGAGAAUUUUGGGUUCCAUGGUUGGAAUGUUCAUCAGUAUCUCAGCAAUUUCAGUUAAUAACCAGAUUAAGCUGACCUCUUGAGUCUUUUGAAAUCUGCUGGGUCCCUAUAAUAAGACAGGGUCUGGAUUUUUUAAUCUUUUGGGAAUUUCCACCAAGGAUUUAGGGAAAUAGGCUUUUAUGGGCUUUUCAGGAUUUCUAUUUCAAAUCCCAAUGAGGAAGUCUAGGAAACACUUGCUUUUAUUUUCUUCCCUGAAUAUGUCAGAACCUUAAAUCACCCAAUCAAUCUAGAAGUACUACAGUUGAUUAAAGUAAGUCACCACAGGUCACCCAUUCGUGGCAGGUCAGCUAGGUGGCUGAUCACUGGAAUACAGUCAUAUCCCCAGGCAGACACACGAGCCUCACUUGACGAUCCCAAAGUUUGUACAUCUGAGCUUGAGACGUGACAAGUUGAGGUCUCUGCUUUGUUCUUCAUAGUUGGCAGUUUGUCUCCUCGGGUGCCCCUCCGGUUAGCUGUUUAUCAUACGUCUAGCCCUAUCAACAGUGCAGGCAGCUUCCAGAGUAUAGUUUUCUCUGCAAAGUGCCUGGUGGAGGGGUACCUCCUUUUCCAUUGUCCUAGUGGCUCCGCUGGGCUUCCAUACCAGCCCUUUCCAGUGUCUUAACAGCUCAAAGAAACCCAUCUGUGGCUUUCUUGUUAGCACUGGCCUAUCACACCUUCCUAUUGCCUGUUAACUAAAAUUUUGCCUGGAAUGCUUUAAGCUUAGAGUACUGGGUCUUUGUUUUACCCGAUUGAUAGGAGAGUGUCAUGCAGUCAGCCGAACUCCGACUUCUGUGCUGUUUAAAUCCUUAGGUAGGUCUGGGGCAAGGCACAAACCACUGUGUGUUCAAAGGGUUAUGGUGCUUGCAUUCUGUGUGUGUAUGUUUGUAAUUUCCAACCAGAGUCGUUUCCCGUGCCUGCCCUGCCUCUGUGCAAUCUAGUCUAGUAGGGUAGAGAGGCAAGCUGUGGAGUUUGAAAAAAAAAAAAAAAAAAAAAGCUAGAUGAGUUUAAUAGGCUGUUACCCCCUCCAGAACAUUCCUCCCAUGUGGAGAUGAAACGAGAAGUUCAUUUCUUUAACCUAAAAUAAAGAACAACAGAGAUAAAAUUGUUAGUUCCUUAUUGGAGCCUGGUUUCCAUUGCUAAUGUACCUGCUUGGGACUCUGCAUGAUAAAUGACGUGUCCUGGAACCUGAAAUCUUUUAUAAAGGUUAAUAUCAGCAGAAAUCUUUUAAUUAGCUAAGAGCAGCUUGUUCUGAAGCUGCCCGAGUUAUCUUGGAGGAGGAGAGAAUCACAGGAAAUGUUUGAUAUUUCUAGUAACCAGUGUUUUCAGUGCGUGGGGUAAAGCACACUCCUAGACUGGCCAGUUCCAAAGAGUGUGGCAGGACACCUGCUUGUUUUCCCUGCCCUCUGCUAUGGUGACAUCCUUGCAGACCAGUCUUGCGUGGCUGGCAGACGCAAUCUUUUUUUCUUGGGUAGGGCAUUAUCACCGCUGCGAUGGAAGGACCUUGUCCUCGGUGCCUCCAUACCAGCCCUUUCCAGUGAAACUACUGCUGUCCCGGCAAGCCCCUGUGCGUGUGCAUCAUUCCGGGCUCCAUAAAAAUACAGACUCACCAGUUCCUGCUUUGAUGUGACAUGUGACUCCCCAGAAUACACCUUGCUUCUGUAGACCAGCUCCAACAGGAUUCCAUGGUAGCUGGGAUGUUAGGGCUCAGGGAAGAAAAGUCAGAAGACCAGGACCUCCAGGGCCUCAAGGACAAACCUCUCAAGUUUAAAAAGGUGAAGAAAGAUAAGAAAGAAGAGAAAGAGGGCAAGCAUGAGCCCGUGCAGCCAUCAGCCCACCACUCUGCUGAGCCCGCAGAGGCAGGCAAAGCAGAGACAUCAGAAGGGUCGGGCUCCGCCCCGGCUGUGCCAGAAGCUUCUGCCUCCCCCAAACAGCGGCGCUCCAUCAUCCGUGACCGGGGACCCAUGUAUGAUGACCCCACCCUGCCUGAAGGCUGGACACGGAAGCUUAAGCAAAGGAAAUCUGGCCGCUCUGCUGGGAAGUAUGAUGUGUAUUUGAUCAAUCCCCAGGGAAAAGCCUUUCGCUCUAAAGUGGAGUUGAUUGCAUACUUCGAAAAGGUAGGCGACACAUCCCUGGACCCUAAUGAUUUUGACUUCACGGUAACUGGGAGAGGGAGCCCCUCCCGGCGAGAGCAGAAACCACCUAAGAAGCCCAAAUCUCCCAAAGCUCCAGGAACUGGCAGAGGCCGGGGACGCCCCAAAGGGAGCGGCACCACGAGACCCAAGGCGGCCACGUCAGAGGGUGUGCAGGUGAAAAGGGUCCUGGAGAAAAGUCCUGGGAAGCUCCUUGUCAAGAUGCCUUUUCAAACUUCGCCAGGGGGCAAGGCUGAGGGGGGUGGGGCCACCACAUCCACCCAGGUCAUGGUGAUCAAACGCCCCGGCAGGAAGCGAAAAGCCGAGGCCGACCCUCAGGCCAUUCCCAAGAAACGGGGCCGAAAGCCGGGGAGUGUGGUGGCAGCCGCUGCCGCCGAGGCCAAAAAGAAAGCCGUGAAGGAGUCUUCUAUCCGAUCUGUGCAGGAGACCGUACUCCCCAUCAAGAAGCGCAAGACCCGGGAGACGGUCAGCAUCGAGGUCAAGGAAGUGGUGAAGCCCCUGCUGGUGUCCACCCUCGGUGAGAAGAGCGGGAAAGGACUGAAGACCUGUAAGAGCCCUGGGCGGAAAAGCAAGGAGAGCAGCCCCAAGGGGCGCAGCAGCAGCGCCUCCUCGCCCCCCAAGAAGGAGCACCACCACCAUCACCACCACUCAGAGUCCCCAAAGGCCCCCGUGCCACUGCUCCCACCCCUGCCCCCACCUCCACCUGAGCCCGAGAGCUCCGAGGACCCCACCAGCCCCCCUGAGCCCCAGGACUUGAGCAGCAGCGUCUGCAAAGAGGAGAAGAUGCCCAGAGGAGGCUCACUGGAGAGCGACGGCUGCCCCAAGGAGCCAGCUAAGACUCAGCCCGCGGUUGCCACCGCCGCCACGGCCGCAGAAAAGUACAAACACCGAGGGGAGGGAGAGCGCAAAGACAUUGUUUCAUCCUCCAUGCCAAGGCCAAACAGAGAGGAGCCUGUGGACAGCCGGACGCCCGUGACCGAGAGAGUUAGCUGACUUUACACAGAGCGGAUUGCAAAGCAAACCAACAAGAAUAAAGGCAGCUGUUGUCUCUUCUCCUUAUGGGUAGGGCUCUGACAAAGCUUCCCGAUUAACUGAAAUAAAAAAUAUUUUUUUUUCUUUCAGUAAACUUAGAGUUUCGUGGCUUCAGGGUGGGAGUAGUUGGAGCAUUGGGGAUGUUUUUCUUACCGACAAGCACAGUCAGGUUGAAGACCUAACCAGGGCCAGAAGUAGCUUUGCACUUUUCUAAACUAGGCUCCUUCAACAAGGCUUGCUGCAGAUACUACUGACCAGACAAGCUGUUGACCAGGCACCUCCCCUCCCGCCCAAACCUUUCCCCCAUGUGGUCGUUAGAGACAGAGCGACAGAGCAGUUGAGAGGACACUCCCGUUUUCGGUGCCAUCAGUGCCCCGUCUACAGCUCCCCCAGCUCCCCCCACCUCCCCCACUCCCAACCACGUUGGGACAGGGAGGUGUGAGGCAGGAGAGACAGUUGGAUUCUUUAGAGAAGAUGGAUAUGACCAGUGGCUAUGGCCUGUGCGAUCCCACCCGUGGUGGCUCAAGUCUGGCCCCACACCAGCCCCAAUCCAAAACUGGCAAGGACGCUUCACAGGACAGGAAAGUGGCACCUGUCUGCUCCAGCUCUGGCAUGGCUAGGAGGGAGUCGUCCCUUGAACUACUGGGUGUAGACUGGCCUGAACCACAGGAGAGGAUGGCCCAGGGUGAGGUGGCAUGGUCCAUUCUCAAGGGACGUCCUCCAACGGGUGGCGCUAGAGGCCAUGGAGGCAGUAGGACAAGGCGCAGGCAGGCAGGCUGGCCCGGGGUCAGGCCGGGCAGAGCACAGCGGGGUGAGAGGGAUUCCUAAUCACUCAGAGCAGUGUGUGACUUAGUGGACAGGGGAGGGGGCAAAGGGGGAGGAGAAGAAAAUGUUCUUCCAGUUACUUUCCAGUUCUCCUUUAGGGACAGCUUAGAAUUAUUUGCACUAUUGAGUCUUCAUGUUCCCACUUCAAAACAAACAGAUGCUCUGAGAGCAAACUGGCUUGAAUUGGUGACAUUUAGUCCCUCAAGCCACCAGAUGUGACAGUGUUGAGAACUACCUGGAUUUGUAUAUAUACCUGCGCUUGUUUUAAAGUGGGCUCAGCACAUAGGGUUCCCACGAAGCUCCGAAACUCUAAGUGUUUGCUGCAAUUUUAUAAGGACUUCCUGAUUGGUUUCUCUUCUCCCCUUCCAUUUCUGCCUUUUGUUCAUUUCAUCCUUUCACUUCUUUCCCUUCCUCCGUCCUCCUUCUUCCUAGUUCAUCCCUUCUCUUCCAGGCAGCCGCGGUGCCCAACCACACUUGUCGGCUCCAGUCCCUAGAACUCUGCCUGCCCUUUGUCCUCCUGCUGCCAGUACCAGCCCCACCCUGUUUUGAGCCCUGAGGAGGCCUUGGGCUCUGCUGAGUCCGACCUGGCCUGUCUGUGAAGAGCAAGAGAGCAGCAAGGUCUUGCUCUCCUAGGUAGCCCCCUCUUCCCUGGUAAGAAAAAGCAAAAGGCAUUUCCCACCCUGAACAACGAGCCUUUUCACCCUUCUACUCUAGAGAAGUGGACUGGAGGAGCUGGGCCCGAUUUGGUAGUUGAGGAAAGCACAGAGGCCUCCUGUGGCCUGCCAGUCAUCGAGUGGCCCAACAGGGGCUCCAUGCCACCCGACCUUGACCUCACUCGGAAGUCCAGAGUCUAGCGUAGUGCAGCAGGGCAGUAGCGGUACCAAUGCAGAACUCCCAAGACCCGAGCCGGGACCAGUACCUGGGUCCCCAGCCCUUCCUCUGCUCCCCCUUUUCCCUCGGAGUUAUUCUUGAAUGGAAAUGUUUUGCUUUUGCUCGAUGCAGACAGGGGGCCAGAACACCACACAUUUCACUGUCUAUCUGGUCCAUAGCUGUGGUGUAGGGGCUUAGAGGCAUGGGCUUGCUGUGGGUUUUUAAUUGAUCAGUUUUCAUUUGGGAUCCCAUCUUUUUAACCUCUGUUCAGGAAGUCCUUAUCUAGCUGCAUAUCUUCAUCAUAUUGGUAUAUCCUUUUCUGUGUUUACAGAGAUGUCUCUUAUAUCUAAAUCUGUCCAACUGAGAAGUACCUUAUCAAAGUAGCAAAUGAGACAGCAGUCUUAUGCUUCCAGAAACACCCACAGGCAUGUCCCAUGUGAGCUGCUGCCAUGAACUGUCAAGUGUGUGUUGUCUUGUGUAUUUCAGUUAUUGUCCCUGGCUUCCUUACUAUGGUGUAAUCAUGAAGGAGUGAAACAUCAUAGAAACUGUCUAGCACUUCCUUGCCAGUCUUUAGUGAUCAGGAACCAUAGUUGACAGUUCCAAUCAGUAGCUUAAGAAAAAACCGUGUUUGUCUCUUCUGGAAUGGUUAGAAGUGAGGGAGUUUGCCCCAUUCUGUUUGUAGAGUCUCAUAGUUGGACUUUCUAGCAUAUAUGUGUCCAUUUCCUUAUGCUGUAAAAGCAAGUCCUGCAACCAAACUCCCAUCAGCCCAAUCCCUGAUCCCUGAUCCCUUCCACCUGCUCUGCUGAUGACCCCCCCCCCCCACCCAGCUUCACUUCUGACUCUUCCCCAGGAAGGGAAGGGGGGUCAGAAGAGAGGGUGAGUCCUCCAGAACUCUUCCUCCAAGGACAGAAGGCUCCUGCCCCCAUAGUGGCCUCGAACUCCUGGCACUACCAAAGGACACUUAUCCACGAGAGCACAGCAUCCGACCAGGUUGUCACUGAGAAGAUGUUUAUUUUGGUCACUUGGGUUUUUAUGUAUUAUACUUAGUCAAAUGUAAUGUGGUUUCUGGAAUCAUUGUCCAGAGCUGCUUCCCCAUCACCUGGGUGUCAUCUGGUCCUGGUAAGAGGAGUGCGUGGCCCACCAGGCCCCCCUGUCACCCAUGACAGUUCAUUCAGGGCCGAUUGGGCAGUCGUGGUUGGGAACACAGCAUUUCAAGCGUCACUUUAUUUCAUUCGGGCCCCACCUGCAGCUCCCUCAAAGAGGCAGUUCCCCAGCCUCUUUCCCUUCCAGUUUAUUCCAGAGCUGCCAGUGGGGCCUGAGGCUCCUUAGGGUUUUCUCUCUGUUUCCCCCUUUCUUCCUCAUUCCCUCUUCUUUCCCAAAGGCAUCACGAGUCAGUCGCCUUUCAGCAGGCAGCCUUGGUGGUUUAUCGCCCUGGCAGGCAGGGGCCCUGCAGCUCUCAUGCUGCCCCUGCCUUGGGGUCAGGUUGACAGGAGGUUGGAGGGAAAGCCUUAAGCUGCAGGAUUCUCACCAGCUGUGUCCGGCCCAGUUUUGGGGUGUGACCUCAAUUUCAAUUUUGUCUGUACUUGAACAUUAUGAAGAUGGGGGCCUCUUUCAGUGAAUUUGUGAACAGUAGAAUUGACCGACAGCUUUCCAGUACCCAUGGGGCUAGGUCAUUAAGGCCACAUCCACAGUCUCCCCCACCCUUGUUCCAGUUGUUAGUUACUGCCUCCUCUCCUGACAAUACUGUAUGUCGUCGAGCUCCCCCCAGGUCUACCCCUCCCGGCCCUGCCUGGUGGUGGGCUUGUCAUAGCCAGUGGGAUCGCCGGCCUUGACAGCUCAGUGAGCUGGAGAUACUUGGUCACAGCCAGGCGCUAGCACAGCUUCCUUCUGUUGAUGCUGUAUUCCCAUAUCAAAAGGCACAGGGGACACCCAGAAACGCCACAUCCCCCAAUCCAUCAGUGCCAAACUAGCCAACGGCCCCAGCUUCUCAGCUCGCUGGAUGGCGGAAGCUGCUACUUGUGAGCACCAAUGCGGGUGCAGACAAUCUUCUGUUGGGUUGCAUCAUUCCAGGCCCGAAGCAUGAACAGUGCACCUGGGACAGGGAGCAGCCCCAAAUUGUCACCUGCUUCUCUGCCCAGCUUUUCAUUGCUGUGACAGUGAUGGCGAAAGAGGGUAAUAACCAGACACAAACUGCCAAGUUUGGUGGAGAAAGGAGUUUCUUUAGCUGACAGAAUCUCUGAAUUUUAAAUCACUUAGUAAGCGGCUCAAGCCCAGGAGGGAGCAGAGGGAUACGAGCGGAGUCCCCUGUGCGGGACCAUCUGGAAUUGGUUUAGCCCAAGUGGAGCCUGACAGCCAGAACUCUUGUGUCCCCCCUCUAACCACAGCUCCUUUUCCAGAGCAUUCCAGUCAGGCUCUCUGGGCUGACUGGGCCAGGGGAGGUUACAGGUAACCAGUUCUUUAAGAAGACCUUUGAGCAUAUACAUUUUUAGCCUGUGUCAUUGCCCCAGAUGGAUUCCUGUUUCAAGUUCACACCUGCAGAUUCUAGGACCUGUGUCCUAGACUUCAGGGAGUCAGCUGUUUCUAGAGUUCCUACCAUGGAGUGGGUCUGGAGGACCUGCCCGGUGGGGGGGGCAGAGCCCUGCUCCCUCCGGGUCUUCCUACUCUUCUCUCUGCUCUGACGGGAUUUGUUGAUUCUCUCCAUUUUGGUGUCUUUCUCUUUUAGAUAUUGUAUCAAUCUUUAGAAAAGGCAUAGUCUACUUGUUAUAAAUCGCUAGGAUACUGCCUCCCCCAGGGUCUAAAAUUACAUAUUAGAGGGGAAAAGCUGAACACUGAAGUCAGUUCUCAACAAUUUAGAAGGAAAACCUAGAAAACAUUUGGCAGAAAAUUACAUUUCGAUGUUUUUGAAUGAAUAAGAGCAAGCUUUUACAACAGUGCUGAUCUAAAAAUACUUAGCACUUGGCCUGAGAUGCCUGGUGAGCAUUACAGGCAAGGGGAAUCUGGAGGUAGCCGACCUGAGGACAUGGCUUCUGACCCUGUCUUUUGGGAGUGGUAUGGAAGGUGGAGCGUUCACCAGUGACCUGGAAGGCCCAGCACCACCCUACUUCCCACUCUUCUCAUCUUGACAGAGCCUGCCCCAGCGCUGACGUGUCAGGAAAACACCCAGGGAACUAGGAAGGCACUUCUGCCUGAGGGGCAGCCUGCCUUGCCCACUCCUGCUCUGCUCGCCUCGGAUCAGCUGAGUCUUCUGAGCUGGCCUCUCACUGCCUCCCCAAGGCCCCCUGCCUGCCCUGUCAGGAGGCAGAAGGAAGCAGGUGUGAGGGCAGUGCAAGGAGGGAGCACAACCCCCAGCUCCCGCUCCGGGCUCCGACUUGUGCACAGGCAGAGCCCAGACCCUGGAGGAAAUCCUACCUUUGAAUUCAAGAACAUUUGGGGAAUUUGGAAAUCUCUUUGCCCCCAAACCCCCAUUCUGUCCUACCUUUAAUCAGGUCCUGCUCAGCAGUGAGAGCAGAUGAGGUGAAAAGGCCAAGAGGUUUGGCUCCUGCCCACUGAUAGCCCCUCUCCCUGCAGUGUUUGUGUGUCAAGUGGCAAAGCUGUUCUUCCUGGUGACCCUGAUUAUAUCCAGUAACGCAUAGACUGUGCGCAUAGGCCUGCUUUGUCUCCUCUAUCCUGGGCUUUUGUUUUGCUUUUUAGUUUUGCUUUUAGUUUUUCUGUCCCUUUUAUUUAACGCACCGACUAGACACACAAAGCAGUUGAAUUUUUAUAUAUAUAUCUGUAUAUUGCACAAUUAUAAACUCAUUUUGCUUGUGGCUCCACACACACAAAAAGACCUGUUAAAAUUAUACCUGUUGCUUAAUUACAGUAUUUCUGAUAACCAUAGCAUAGGACAAGGGAAAAUAAAAAAAGAAAAAAAAAGAAAAAAAAACGACAAAUCUGUCUGCUGGUCACUUCUUCUGUCCAAGCAGAUUCGUGGUCUUUUCCUCGCUUCUUUCAAGGGCUUUCCUGUGCCAGGUGAAGGAGGCUCCAGGCAGCACCCAGGUUUUGCAGUCUUGUCUCUCCCGUGCUUGUGAAAGAGGUCCCAAGGUUCUGGGUGCAGGAGCGCUCCCUUGACCUGCUGAAGUCCGGAACGUAGUCGGCACAGCCUGGUCUCCUUCCACCUCUGGGAGCUGGAGUCCACUGGGGUGGCCUGACUCCCCCAGUCCCCUUCCCGUGACCUGGUCAGGGUGAGCCCAUGUGGAGUCAGCCUCGCAGGCCUCCCUGCCAGUAGGGUCUGAGUGUGUUUCAUCCUUCCCACUCUGUCGAGCCUGGGGGCUGGAGCGGAGACAGGAGGCCUGGCCUGUCUCGGAACCUGUGAGCUGCACCAGGUAGAACGCCAGGGACCCCAGAAUCAUGUGCGUCAGUCCAAGGGGUCCCCUCCAGGAAGUAGUGAAGACUCCAGAAAUGUCCCUUUCUUCUCCCCCAUCCUACGAGUAAUUGCAUUUGCUUUUGUAAUUCUUAAUGAGCAAUAUCUGCUAGAGAGUUUAGCUGUAACAGUUCUUUUUGAUCAUCUUUUUUUAAUAAUUAGAAACACCAAAAAAAUCCAGAAACUUGUUCUUCCAAAGCAGAGAGCAUUAUAAUCACCAGGGCCAAAAGCUUCCCUCCCUGCUGUCAUUGCUUCUUCUGAGGCCUGAAUCCAAAAGAAAAACAGCCAUAGGCCCUUUCAGUGGCCGGGCUACCCGCGAGCCCCUCGGAGGACCAGGGCUGGGGCAGCCUCUGGGCCCACAUCCCGGGCCAGCUCCGGCGUGUGUUCAGUGUUAGCAGUGGGUCAUGAUGCUCUUUCCCACCCAGCCUGGGAUAGGGGCAGAGGAGGCGAGGAGGCCGUUGCCGCUGAUGUUUGGCCGUGAACAGGUGGGUGUCUGCGUGCGUCCACGUGCGUGUUUUCUGACUGACAUGAAAUCGACGCCCGAGUUAGCCUCACCCGGUGACCUCUAGCCCUGCCCGGAUGGAGCGGGGCCCACCCGGUUCAGUGUUUCUGGGGAGCUGGACAGUGGAGUGCAAAAGGCUUGCAGAACUUGAAGCCUGCUCCUUCCCUUGCUACCACGGCCUCCUUUCCGUUUGAUUUGUCACUGCUUCAAUCAAUAACAGCCGCUCCAGAGUCAGUAGUCAAUGAAUAUAUGACCAAAUAUCACCAGGACUGUUACUCAAUGUGUGCCGAGCCCUUGCCCAUGCUGGGCUCCCGUGUAUCUGGACACUGUAACGUGUGCUGUGUUUGCUCUCCUUCCCCUUCCUUCUUUGCCCUUUACUUGUCUUUCUGGGGUUUUUCUGUUUGGGUUUGGUUUGGUUUUUAUUUCUCCUUUUGUGUUCCAAACAUGAGGUUCUCUCUACUGGUCCUCUUAACUGUGGUGUUGAGGCUUAUAUUUGUGUAAUUUUUGGUGGGUGAAAGGAAUUUUGCUAAGUAAAUCUCUUCUGUGUUUGAACUGAAGUCUGUAUUGUAACUAUGUUUAAAGUAAUUGUUCCAGAGACAAAUAUUUCUAGACACUUUUUCUUUACAAACGCAUUCGGAGGGAGGGGGAUGGUGACUGAGAUGAGAGGGGAGAGCUGAACAGAUGACCCCUGCCCAGAUCAGCCGGAAGCCACCCAAAGCAGUGGAGCCCAGGAGUCCCACUCCAAGCCAGCAAGCCGAAUAGCUGAUGUGUUGCCACUUUCCAAGUCACUGCAAAACCAGGUUUUGUUCCGCCCAGUGGAUUCUUGUUUUGCUUCCCCUCCCCCCCGAGAUUAUUACCACCAUCCCGUGCUUUUAAGGAAAGGCAAGAUUGAUGUUUCCUUGAGGGGAGCCAGGAGGGGAUGUGUGUGCGCAGAGCUGAAGAGCUGGGGAGAACGGGGCUGGGCCCACCCAAGCAGGAGGCUGGGACGCUCUGCUGUGGGCACAGGUCAGGCUAAUGUUGGCAGAUGCAGCUCUUCCUGGACAGGCCAGGUGGUGGGCAUUCUCUCUCCAAGGUGUGCCCCAUGGGCAUUACUGUUUAAGACACUUCCGUCACAUCCCACCCCCAUCCUCCAGGGCUCAACACUGUGACAUCUCUAUUCCCCACCCUCCCCUUCCCAGGGCAAUAAAAUGACCAUGGAGGGGGCUUGCACUCUCUUGGCUGUCACCCGAUCGCCAGCAAAACUUAGAUGUGAGAAAACCCCUUCCCAUUCCAUGGCAAAAACAUCUCCUUAGAAAAGCCAUUACCCUCAUUAGGCAUGGUUUUGGGCUCCCGAAACACCUGACAGCCCCUCCCUCCUCUGAGAGGCGGAGAUAGUGCUGACUGUAGUGACCAUUGCAUGCCGGGUGCAGCAUCUGGAAGAGCUAGGCAGGGUGUCUGCCCCCUCCUGAGUUGAAGUCAUGCUCCCCUGUGCCAGCCCAGAGGCCGAGAGCUAUGGACAGCAUUGCCAGUAACACAGGCCACCCUGUGCAGAAGGGAGCUGGCUCCAGCCUGGAAACCUGUCUGAGGUUGGGAGAGGUGCACUUGGGGCACGGGGAGAGGCCGGGACACACUUAGCUGGAGAUGUCUCUAAAAGCCCUGUAUCGUAUUCACCUUCAGUUUUUGUGUUUUGGGACAAUUACUUUAGAAAAUAAGUAGGUCGUUUUAAAAACAAAAAUUAUUGAUUGCUUUUUUGUAGUGUUCAGAAAAAAGGUUCUUUGUGUAUAGCCAAAUGACUGAAAGCACUGAUAUAUUUAAAAACAAAAGGCAAUUUAUUAAGGAAAUUUGUACCAUUUCAGUAAACCUGUCUGAAUGUACCUGUAUACGUUUCAAAAACACCCCCCCCCACUGAAUCCCUGUAACCUAUUUAUUAUAUAAAGAGUUUGCCUUAUAAAUUUACAUAAAAAUGUCCGUUUGUGUCUUUUGUUGUAAAAAUCAAGUGAUUUUUUCAUAAGGUUCUUUUACUAUUGGAAAAGAUGGGCAGCACGCAGUUUUAUUUUAUUUUUGUAAGUUUUUUAAUACAUGUGAAAGCAAAGAAUACUCAGCAUGCCUUUCUAAGUGACGCGUUUGCACCUUUUGUUGGGAAGUACUGUAUCCUGUGCUGUUAGCAUUCUCGAUAAAUCUCUCUGUGAAAGUGA